AAAAACGAUGAACUCUUCGGCGAGGUGGAAGACGGAUACGGCUAUCUGCAUUUGUGUCGAUCGUUCCAUAAUGUCAAAUUGCCUUUCGCAAAGAGCAGCUGGAGAUUACAGUUGACCUUGACUAGUGUAUAUAUACGAAGAACUCGUUCAGAUUUGCUUUAAGUCCGCUGGAGUCAAUUCAAAGUGUAGCGUCAUAAAAAGGAUUCACCAAUCACAGGUGGGAAAGGCAAAAUGGCGAAGGCGGUGACAUUUUGCUUAAUCGCGAUAGCAUUAGCUUGUGUGUAUGGGCAAUCCACGCCAACCAGCAAUGAUACGAGCACCGAUAGUCCGGACGACAUAUACUCAUUGGACGAAGAGGAUUUCAAGCUUUGGAUAGCCGGAAGGACACCAAAAGCAUGGGAAACUAGUACUCGCCGUGUCAUCACUUCAACGCAAAGCACCCCCGCAUCGGAUGAUAAUCGAUUACUGAGUCAGUUCGAUUCAUCUGAACCGGUGACACCACAAGAGCUUAGCGUCACACCAAUACCGAACGCGGAAACUACACCAAAGACUGAUGGACGCUCUGAAACUCAGGGCUACCUCUACCCCCGUCCUGGCAAUCUCCAAAACUGGCUUCAAUCACACAUGCUGCAGUCGCAUCAAAUCAACAACCAACUGAUGGCCGAUGUCAGUGCGCUUCCUUACCCUCCCAGAUAUGUUGGUGCCGUUCCGGACUGUAUCCCAGCUAGUGAAGCCUUCAACUUCCGUCCAGCAUCGGCAUCAUUCCAGACCUUAGCAACCAUUCAUCGUUUCCAUGAUAAUGUCCCUUCCCAGCCUUUACCAUUUCCGGGAAACUCACAUCAUGGCGACGCGUUUUUGAGCCAGCACCAACAUCAGCAAAAGCCACCACAACAACAACAGCAACAACCUACAAAGCCCGAAGAACCACAACAGCAGCACCAACUGCAACCGUCGGUCGCUCCUGCACGACAGCAAGGUCACCGAAUUACGGAGUUCCACGGUAAUCCGCACUUUUUCCACCCACCACAGGCGCCUUACUCAUCAGUUGCCAUAGAAUCACCGCCGUUGGUUUACGGUUUUUAUUGAAAUGAUCUUGCUUUUUCCCUUAAGACUGAUUUGAAAUAUUGUUAAAUAAAGUUAUGCCUCUGAAACAUUGAUU